GCUUCUUUCAUCUUUCGUCGGGGUGAAAACCGUAGCUAAUAUUUUGGUUUUGGUGUACUUGUGAAGUGUUUCCGGUUUACUGACCACACGCGAUUGUCGUCAUUGAUAACGGCCCAGGAGUACAGCUGCAAUAAUGGAAGACCCAAACCGGAUGAUGGGAGGGCACGGUGGCUUAAUGCCAUCUAGCUACGGCAUGUCAGCUAACGAUGGCCAGCCAGGCGUCGAUAAUGAUCCACGCAAGCAGGACAUCGGCGAGAUUUUGCAACAGAUCAUGAACAUCACCGACCAGUCUCUGGACGAAGCUCAAGCGCGGAAGCACACACUGAACUGUCAUAGGAUGAAACCAGUUUUAUUUGCAGUACUAUGCGAAAUCAAAGAGAAAACAGUCUUGUCGUUGCGAAAUACCCAAGAAGAAGAGCCUCCAGAUCCCCAGCUGAUGCGCUUGGACAACAUGUUGAUCGCCGAAGGAGUAGCUGGGCCGGAAAAAGGCGGUGGUGCAGACUUUUUAUCACAGUCCGAUCUAACCGGUGGCCAAGACAACGCUAUCGAACAUUCAGACUACCGGGCAAAGUUGGCACAAAUCCGCCAGAUAUAUCAUCAGGAGCUGGAAAAGUACGAACAAGCCUGCAGCGAAUUCACUACGCACGUCAUGAAUUUGUUGCGGGAACAAAGCCGUACCAGACCUAUAACGCCAAAAGAAAUCGAACGGAUGGUACAAAUAAUUCAUCGAAAAUUCAGCUCCAUACAGAUGCAGCUCAAACAAUCUACCUGUGAAGCGGUUAUGAUCCUGCGCUCGCGGUUCUUGGAUGCUCGGCGGAAGAGACGUAAUUUCAGUAAGCAGGCUUCUGAAAUCCUGAACGAAUACUUCUAUAGCCACCUAAGCAAUCCUUACCCAUCGGAAGAAGCUAAGGAAGAACUGGCCCGGAAAUGUGGCAUUACUGUUUCGCAAGUGUCCAACUGGUUCGGCAAUAAGCGCAUUCGUUAUAAGAAGAACAUAGGUAAGGCACAGGAGGAAGCUAAUCUUUAUGCAGCUAAGAAAGCGGCUGGUGCAUCGCCAUAUUCAAUGGGUGGACCACCCAGUGGCGCAGCAACACCGAUGAUGUCUCCUGCUCCUGCACAGGAUUCGAUGGGAUACUCCCUUGGCUCGGGUGGAUACGAUCAACAACAGCCCUAUGAUGGUAGCAUGGGUUAUGAUCAGCUACAUCAGGAUCUUAGUCCUUGAGGGAAAGAUCCUUAAGAAGUUUAUCAGUGGCAAGAAACUAUACUGGUGAGGAAAUACUUUUCGAUCAAAGGACAUCUUGCAGACUUGAACUGAACAGCGAACAAGCGAAUCACACUUGAAAAACAAAAGUAACAAAAAUUCAAAUUCAUUCAAAACACACACGUAUGGUAGUACAUGUAGAGUCGAUCGCAAGAGGAAGUAAAAAGAUAUGAAUUAUGUGGCAGGUUACUAUAUUUUAAAGAACAAUUAGUAACUCGUAAGAUCGUAGCUAAAUUAAGCCUUGGGUAAUUUAUCGGUAACCAUUAUUCUGUUCUCGAAUAUCAUCUGGAAUGAUAUAAGAAGGAAUAAAUAGCUCCAUUGGCCCGUUGCUUGCUUACUUUCAAACGUGCAUCUUAGUACCUAGGUAUACAUUUUUCUUCUUAUAAAUCUAUUCAACGUAGAUAAAUGGAUCGUUGAUGUGAAAACUUUUCAUUCGAGUGUAUUAUAUAAGUAAUCUAUCAAUGCAUCACGUAGAAUAUAGCAGUAUAUACACUAGCGGUCUAAAGUAUUUGAACUCGUAAAUUGUUUUCAUUGUCUACUCAAUAACAUCUUCCCUUUACAAUUCAUUGUUGUCUAAUUCAACCUCAGUUUAUGUAAGCUGCGCAUUACUGCGCGUUUCGAAGAAAGGUUUUAAAAGUUUUGUUGAAAGUUUAGAAAUGUUGGGAAUGUAAAUUUGAAGUAAGAGAUUUCAUUUUACACCGACAAGGGGCAUGCCAGCGAUAGAGAAGAACAUCCAACACAAAGCGUUCACUGAUUGAAUAUCCAAAAGAAAACGUAACACGGCACUUUGUCAAAUGUUGGAUCUUAUUUCUUCGAUCUCUUAACAAAAAAAAUAACAAAAGCAUCGGCGCAACUCACUUGUAAUAGAUCUGCCAUAGCUUGCAUUCAUCCUGAAAAGGAAAAUGAACGAAUGUCACCGGUUUUAGCAAUGUUACAGAUUAUUUUGAACAAGUUGUUGAAUUCUGUUGGGGUAGGAUUCGUUUAAAUUUAAAAUUAUAAGAUUUACCGUGCAGGGCAUUGGAAUUUGUAUAACGGAUUUUUUUUCUUUGAGUUUAGUUAAUAUUGCUGUAUCUUGUGUAAUCGAAUACAUUGGACCGCUAGUAUAUUCUGAAGUUACCUUUUCCUAGACUCUGUACUUUAGUGUCCUUCACAUUAAGCAAUCAACACGAACAUUUGACAUCACAUUUAAACUUUAUUUCAAUUCAACUCAUUUAUUCAACACAAAAAAUACCUCGCUAUACGUUGGUUUAAGUAACGUAAUGCGAAAAUUUGGUAAAGUUAAAGAUUUUGUUUCAUAAUUAGCUAAAAUAUUGUACGACAACGACACAAACUCUGAGGGUUUUUGUAGUUUUUUUAAAUUCUUUUUUGAAAAUUGUAAAAAAAUGCUUUGCAUAUGUCGAUCUCUGUGCCGCUUCAACUCAUCCUUCGUUUCAUGAACCACAUCCUGGUGUUUUAUUAUAAGAUCUUUUAAAUCUUGUUCUAAAUAUGUUAUUGAGCCGAUAAAACAUUGACCUUAUGUUUAAUUAUAGUAAUUUUUUCUUUAUAUUUUGGUAGUUUUUACAACACUAUCGUAGGUGUUGAGUACAUUUCAGUCAAUAAUAAACCGCAUUUAUUGGUAUAGAGUAACACAAAAUAUUGGAGAUCGCGUUUAGCUUAGCCGAGAACUGGUUAAUAAUAUAUUUGAGAAUUCGGUAAAAAAAACUAUUCCAAUUCUUCCAAUUUAUCACAAUACUGCAACAGUACGUUUAUUUUAUUAUGUCGAAUCUCAUAGUAAAUUUUUUCAGCCUAAUGUCAAACGCCAAUAAUAAGCCUCGCGGAAGCCAGGCUGGCAAGCAGCACUUACAUGCAAAAAUUAAACGUCGGCUCGAAAACAUUACUCACAAAAAACCUUCCGCAUACAAUAAACGAGCCCCUAAGUUUGUGACCCAGCACAGACGCAUAUAGUAUAUUAGGUUUAAUUUAUAUACGAUAAAGUGUGAAAGUAUACUGAAUAAACGCUUGUCGAAACUCGUAGAAAUCAACAUCAGAGCAGAAAUGAUGUAAAUGAAGUUUGCGAAAGGUAACUGUUUGUAAACAAAAUUAGUUUAAAACGGAAGUACAGUAGCGGUAGCACCAAUGGUAGGACUCUCUUUACACUAGACGAUGUUUCGAGGCGCUACAUAAUCUGCAUUUUAUCGAACUGAAUGAUGACACAUACAUCUGUCAGCAACAACGAACGAACGUAAGGCUACAGUUUAAAAAUGGUACUUCCACCAUAAGAAUUAAUGUUCUUCGGUUUGAAGCGGUGACAAGUUUGAUAUGAUCUGGCUCACAAAAAUACUCCAAUAAAACCAGUGACAUUUCACAAAUCCGAUCACUGAAUCCGAGUAGCGAAUGACAAAAACAAAUUUCAAAAAUUGUGUAUGUGCUAUACUAAAAUUACAUGUAUCAAGAUAACAUAAAAAUGUCAGUUAAUCUAUAGUCCGCCACGAACCGUUUAUUUUUGAAGAAUUUGCAUACAAAUCCGUAAAAUCCUAUCUAACAAUCAUGUUGCUGCAGCUCGUAAACUAUAUACGUAAUUUAUAUAAAUAAGGUAAGCAAGAGAAACAAACAGUAUAGCUGGUGUAAGCAUAAAAGUAAGCAAUAAUUUGUGAAAUUAAAUGGAAACGAGUAAGCGCAAGUAGAUAACAGAAAACUGGUACAAACAAAAACACAUGAUAGCCAAAGGUAUAAAGAAUAUCAUCAUCUGAUAAACUUUUACCAUCACAAUACAUUUUUCGGGCAGAAUUACUUGCCCGAAAUUGCUUACUUGACACCAUUAUAACUAAAACUAAUUCAGUAACUGAGGAAAGCCAACAUUAAUCAUUUAUCAAAUUAUAACAAAACACAAACAUUGAUCAAUUUGGAAAAGCACAAAAUCAGUAAUUUUCCAGUGUAAAUGAAUGUAUUUUGUUUUGCUCCCAAGCAUGAUAUCGUAAUCACACCACAUACCGUUUACAUUUUUCGUUCCGCAAGUGUCGGUUCAUAGUUUUUGCCUCUGUUUCAGAUUUCUCUGAGCACAAAAUUGCCUCACCAUGCAGCCUUAUUGUUUAUGUGGUGACUUUAAAUUUUGAUGUUCCUGUCUUACCAUUUUGAAGUCUAUUUUGUUUUAUUUUCCUUUGCCUUGUGUCUACAGUUUUUAUUAUUACGGUAGUUUUUGUAAAGGUCAUUAAUGGCGGAUGUUGGGUAAAACGAACUUUUCGUCGUAUUCGAUUACCAAGAACGCCUGUAUACCAAUAACAUUUACAUUUGUCUAAAAGUUUGUUAAAAUUUAUUGUACUUAUGCAAACAAACUGAAAUAGAUAUAAGUUCCAUGAGAAUGAGUGAUUAGAAGGUGAAAUGCUAUAUCGCAAUUUCAUUUUAACAUCAUGCUUAGGAAAUGUUGUGUCCUAUUUAAAAAGUAUAGUUUUCUGUAGAUAAGAAAUCGAAUUCAUCAAAAUUGAAAGUUGGAAAGUUAUUGUGCACCAAGGAAUGUCCCAUCUUCAAAAAACCAAUUCUAGAACACAAACAUCUAAAACGAUAAAGACAAUAUCAGUACGAGAACGUGUGAAAGCCGCCGAGGUCUCAAAGAGUCAGCCAUCGUAAAAAAUUGCGAACAUUGCAUUGCGUUGAAGAAAUAGGAAAAAUGAACAAACGAACAAGAGAACCAACAAAUCAUUUGUAUACGAUAUAUAAAGGAAAUUAUUAGAAAACUAUCAAUUAUAUUUAACGUUAAUAAGAAAUUAUAUAACGUUAAUUAGAAAACAUUGAAUGAGAGGAAAAUAAAUAAUGAGGAACAGAGAAAUGAAUAGCAGAAAACAAACGAGAUACUUGACAUUUUAUAGAUAAUUAAUAAGUAAGUAAAUACACAUCAUAGAAGCAAAAACAACUGCAAAAUAAUAUGGCCCUUAAUAAGCUACUUAAAUAAGCCCUUAAAGCUACUUAAGUUAUGGACGACCAUCCUCAUCCAUCAUCAAAGGUAGCAUACCAUCAACAGAUCGUUUGACACGCAAAAAACUGGACAAACGAUUGCGUCUAAUUUUCCAGAAUUGUCUUAUUUCGUUUUAGAUACACAUGAUUAAUUACUAACAUUUAAGGGUACUUAACCGCGUUUAUAAAAAUAUUGUUUUAAGACUAUUCCUCCUAAUCAAACAAUUUCGUUUUUCGCAUUCAAUCCUCAAAAAGUAGACUAGAACAAGCCAAAACUCGAUGCUUCAAUUUUUUUUUCUAUUGGUCUUUGCUGUUCUGUUACUGUUUUACUACACUGUUCUUUUUAUAAGUUCAUAAAACUUGUUAUGAUUGGGUACCCUCAUUUUCUAGGGUUUCUUUUACUUCAUCCGAUGUUUUCUUUUAAAAAAAAUUGUAGAAAAAUUAAAUAAACGCAACACAAGAAUUCCGUAUAUAAACUUGAAACAAACAAACAAAAAACAAAGAUUGAAUUAAAAACAAAAGCAUGUAUACGAAAAUGAUUUAUAAAUCUACCAAUAAAAUUCAAAUUUUAUGUGAACUAAAUGAUAAUGAUAUUUUAUAGGAUUUGAC